GAGGGGUUCACUGGGCUGUAUUGGGAGAGCCCUCAUUCCCAAAGCCCCUCCCCUGGGCAUCCGUGCCACGGUCUGGGAACCACGGCGGGGUUGGAUCAAGGGGUGCACUUGAUGAUCUGGGAGGUCUUUUCCAAGCCGGCUGAUUCUGGGAUUCUCUGGGUGCCAUUGCCAGGGCAGCACAUGCUGGAGGCUCUGUCCACAGGGGAUAGAUGUGUCUGUGCAGACAGAGAGACAAGGUCAGUCUGCAAAGAUGUGGGGCUAGAAAAGCAGGAGAAGUUGUGGGGUGGUUGUGGAAGGAGAAAGAAGCCCCCAGGCCAGUGCAAGCAGGCCCCCCUGGGCUUGCACAUCAUCUGCCCUCCCUGCAGGUUCCUGUCCUGGAGAGCAGGCCCUGAGGUGGCCCUGAGCAAUGGCCCGGAGGUGAGCCCAGAGCUGGCCCUGAGGUGGCCCUGAGAAGAAGUGGAAGGCAGAGGUGGUGCUGAGGCAGGAGAGCCCCGUGCUGGGGAAGAGGCUGAUCUGGGAGUGCCCAGCAGCGAGAAGGUGCUGUGUGCAUGCCCUGUGUGCCAGGAUUUGUCCUUCCCAAAGCUUGGGCAGAUGGAGGAGGAGGUUGCAAGGAAGAGGAAAAAGCCGCGGGCCCCCCAGGCAGGCCCCGAGCUGAGGAUGGAGAGCACGGAGGACAAAUCCCCCCGGCAGAGCCUGGUCGGAGAGGCCGUUUUGAAGGGCUCCCCGGCACAGAAAGGCAGCAGGGAGGAAAAGGCCCGGAGAUACCCCCGGAGGAGGGACUGCAAAGCCAGCCCAGGGAGCUCUGAGGAGGAAAGACCCGUCCUGUGCCGGGAAGGCGGCCGGAGCUUGAACCGGAGCUCCGAGCUGGUGGUCCCUGAGCAGCCUCCCAGCAGGGAGAAACCGUUCAGGUGCCUGGAAUGUGGGAAGAGCUUCAGGCAGAGCUCCCACCUCCUCAGGCACCAGCACAUCCACACUGGGGAAUGGCCCUACACAUGUAGGGAAUGUGGGAAGAGCUUCAGGAGCAACUCCAACCUGAUCCAACACCAGCACAUCCACAGUGGGGAAUGGCCCUACACGUGUGGGGAAUGUGGGAAGAGCUUCAGGAACAGCUCCCACCUGAUCCGACACCAGCUCAUCCACACCGGGGAACGGCCCUACAGGUGCUUGGAAUGUGGGAAGAGCUUCAGGGACAGCUCCAACCUGAUCCAACACCAGCGCAUCCACACUGGGGAACGGCCCUACACGUGUGGGGAAUGUGGGAAGAGCUUCAGGCAAUGCUCCCACCUGAUCAACCACUGGCGCAUCCACACUGGAGAACGGCCCUACAAGUGCUUGCAAUGUGGGAAGAGGUUUCAGAGCAGCUCACAUCUCCUCCUGCAUGAGCAGGCACACACAGGGGAGAGGCCCUUCCGCUGCACCGACUGCGGGAAGGGCUUCAACCAGAACUCCACCCUCGUCAGGCACCGGCGCAUCCACACCGGGGAGAGGCCCUACAAGUGUGGGGAAUGUGGGAAGAGCUUCAUCUGGAGCUCUGGCUUGACCUAUCACCAGCGGACACACCAGUAAGGGAAGCCCCUCGAGUGCCCCGACUGCGGGAAGAACUUUGGCCGCUGCUCCCACCCCAGAUGACCCCCCUGAUGGUGAGGCAACCCCUGGAGUCCAGUGACUGUCAGUCCAUCCCUUUCUACCAGAAAGGACCGGUGCCCUUUGCCAGGGGCAGGUUGUGUCAACAGAACCCUUCCUGGGGGGUGUGUGGAGAUUCCUGCCUUGGCUGGGACCCCCCAAGGUCACUGCUGGAGGUUGAGAGCAGAGAUCUCCCCACGAGCGUUGGUCUGAGGGAGUUUCAUCCAUCUCUAAUGAAUAAUUCUUGCUUUGGUGCCAGCUUGAGUAGAAUUGCUUCAACAAUUGCUUCAGUGUAGAGCACUGUUCUAUCUUAUGCUGUACUACUGGUAGUUUUAGUGUUUCUAUUGUGCAGUAAAUAAUUCUGAUGAAGAUCUUUUGUCUGAUCAUUUGUUACCCUAAAUAAUUAAUUUCUAUCAAUAGAUCUGAUUUGCCUUCAUUAAAACCUGGGGGACAAAAGUUGUUCAGUCCCACCUCUGUAAUUCCUCUAAACUGAACCUGUUGGCAUAACCUAAGGUUGAGAUUGGAUCCAG